CAUUUCCUGUGCUCUAGCGCUACACAACAACGCCGUCAGACUUGGUAUUGAGACAAAAUCGUGUCGCUCGUCGAAUCUAACAAAGGAAAAUAAAUAAUUAAAAACAUACCAAAGAGGAAGACCACGCACCACUGUAGAAUAAGGACGAGUUUUGCUAUUGAUUUGAACCGGACACUUGACGUCUCGUUGUAAUGUUGUCUGGUUAGCUAGUUAGUGUUAGCCCGUCGCGGUUUGAUUUGUUUGUUUUUAGUUGACUUCUUAUAAUCUGGUAUUUACUAAACUGAAUUGACUUCUGCUUGUAGCUGUCCUCUACACAACACUGUUCUGGUGUUUAGCUGGUCAUCGCGGUUGAGUUGAACCUCUUUUUACAUCUUGGCAAGAUUAAAUCUGCCAAACCAGUACCAAAAUGUCUAAAUACACCACUUUUGCUGAUGCAGCUGAGGAUCACAAUCCAUUUCAGGAUCCUUCAGUGAUUCAGCACAGUAGCAACACUGGCUAUGCCACGCUGGACCUCUACAACCCAUUCGACAACAACACAACAGCGCCUCCACCUACCUAUGAAGCCACAUCUCCUGCCGCACCUCCAGCCCAAACGCCUCCCAGCAGCACCACACCAACUGAGCCCAAGAAUUAUGGAUCCUAUGGAACACAGUCUGCAGUAAAUGCCACCACAGCAGAUCUGUUGAGGAAGCAGGAGGAACUAGAAAGAAAAGCAAAAGAGCUGGAGAGAAGAGAGAGAGAGCUGAAUGCACAUGCGCUUGGGUCUGGAGCCACUCGUCAGAAUAAUUGGCCCCCAUUGCCCUCCUUCUUCCCAGUGGGACCGUGUUUCUAUCAGGACAUUAAUGUGGAGAUUAGCCAAAGUUUCCAGCGCACUGUCACCACCAUGUACUACUACUGGAUGUUCACAGCAUGCACUUUGCUCUUUAAUCUCAUCUCCUGUUUGGCUAUGUUCUGUGCGGACCCCAUCAAUGGAGUUGGUUUUGGUCUUGCCAUACUCUGGUUUCUCCUCUUCACCCCCUGCUCCUUUGUUUGUUGGUACAGGCCUGUGUACAAAGCCUUCAGGAGUGACAGUUCCUUCAACUUCUUUGCAUUUUUCUUUGUCUUCUUCGCCCAACUGGUGCUUUAUGUUAUCAUGACUAUUGGUAUCCCUGGCUGGGGCUUCAGUGGGUGGAUCGUGAGUUUAGCCGCUCUUAGCAAGAGCAAGGCGGUGGGUGGGAUCAUGAUGAUAAAUGCUGCGCUCUUCACCGCUCAGGCGGCCUUGGGAGUGGUGUUGCUCAAGAGGGUUCAUUCUAUGUACAGGCAGACGGGAGCGAGCUUUGAGAAGGCCCAGGCUGAGUUUGCUACCGGUGUGCUUUCCAAUCAGGCAGUGCGCCAGGCAGCCACCAAUGCCACUGUUUCUGCCGCACAGGGCGCCUUCACUGCACCCCGGUAGAGAGACAUGUAUGAAAGAAAAAAAAAAGUGUUGAAGAACGUGUUUGCUUACACAGUCUAAAGACAAAGUGACUUCUUCUAGCACUCCUAGACAUGGCCAAGUUGGAAACCAACGCACUUACCCUAGACCCGUCUUGUAUGCAUGUCAAGAUACAGUAACUCAGUAGUAAAACACCAUUGGAUUUCUGUUUGUAUUUGUUGGUCUUGCUGAGCAUUAGGCCAUUAGUUCGGACGUGCAAAAAGGAUCUAGGUGUUGGUUGAUUUCAAGUUAUGGGUUAUAUAUGCUGUCUGUGAGGAUCUAUGAUCAACUAACGCAAUAGUCUUUCAGUUUAUCAUGCUAGAAAAAGUCACUGUAAUGUAUUAAGAACAUAAAAUACCUAAUACCCCAGUAUUUGGCUUACAAUUCUUGUCUCUCUUACAUUUCUAAAGCCUGUAAGUGUAAGCUACAGCAGCCUUGCAGAUUCAACAAAGACGUGUCACAUUCUGCCUUUGCUUUCCCUUGACUUCCUUCUUUGUGUAAAUAGCUGUACAUGGCAAGGAAAGGGAUCGUUUCAUUGCUCUAGAAUGGAGGUUACUACUUAGAACCCGUGAAGUUUAACUUGCCAAAAGUUUUUCUUAAGUGAAAGAGAGAAGUCCCAUAUUAUAUUUUAGAGAUUCAUCAUUCAGGUUUUUAGUCUGUUGGUGGAUGGAUUUGUUCCUUUGAGCGUUAUUUAUGAAAAAGCAUGUUUUGAUGCAGCUUUAACUACUGUAUGUACCUCUUUGCAGUUAUACACGACUAAUGUUUUAUCUUCACGAGUUGAGGCAGGUGAUUUGUGCUUUGGAAUACAUAAUCAUACUUCACACCUUGAUAUAAAACUCAAAAUUUCUUAUCCAAAUGAAAACAACAAGAUUAGUGCAGUUAUCAGUGGCCAACCUAUUUGUGUUGCAUUUGUGAUUUGUAACUUUUUUGUUGUUGUUGUUGUAAUUUCAAUCUAACGUUUUGUCUAACACUAUAGUAUAUACCUAAAUGAAAGUAUUAUUUGCUUGUUUUACUGUUAUUGUAUUGCUGCUGUAUGUUCUUGUUACUGUCACUGUUAUUUGUUUUAUUAAAGUUCAUGAAUAUGCAUCUUA